AUGUAUUUAAAGGGAGAUUCAUUAAUACCAUGGAGUAAAUUUAUGGCAUUAUUAUUGACACUAUCAAAUUGUGAGAAUAUGUAUUACAAACAUUCAUACUUGUCGUUAAAGAAUAAUAACAUUCAAGAUCAAUAUAUCCAAGUAUCAAAUGACAUGAGAAGUUUGUUAAAGUUGAUAUCUUCACCAACAACAACAACAACAACAACUGGUGGAGUACAACAACCAAAUCAACAGAACCAACAGAAUCAAACUGCUAGUCAGAUUGCACUUGGGUAUUAUGCAUCGUCAAAGAAAUCAUCGGUUGACGAUGACCCUGAAAUAUCCUUCUUUUCAUCACUCGUACAACAAACAUGUACCAUCGUACAGGUUAGAAUCGAUAUGAUUGGUGUCUACACUACAUUGGUCAUGUCAAUCAGCCAAGAAACUAAUUUUGAUCAACUAGUCAAUUCACUUGAAACCAUUCCAACCAUCUAUCGUGAUAAAAUUACUCAUCCUCUAUUAAUGGGUAUUAAAACAAAUACAAAUUAUGAAAUACAAAUAUUAAAGAAUUUAUUAAAAGUUUAUGUAUCAAUGAAUAGACAUAUAUUUAAAGAUUCAAUACUAUUAUUGUAUCAAUCAAGAUUGGAUUUAGAUUUAUGGAGAGACUUUGAUCAAUUAAAUCAAAGUAGAGGAACUUAUAGCAGCGAUCCAAAAUGGACAUCCAAUUCCAUCCAUCAAUGGUUAUCGAUAUUUUUCAAUGCUCUCAUGUCAAAAUCAUCUCUUUAUUUCCAUUUCCCUUUGAGAACUGUCGAAGAAGAGAAUGGUGGAACUUAUCAAUCCUUUAAAGAUGCAACUCUUCGUAAUAAUCCUGAUUAUGUUUUAAUGAUUGAAGCAUUUUAUCAAAAGAGUAAUUCAAUAUUUUUUGGUAUCUUUUUCGAAUGUAAAGGUAAACCAUACUCAAAGAUGGGAUAUUGUUUUAAUAAUACAGAAGCACCAACUGGAUUGGGGGCCUAUCCACCUAUAUUCUACUUGCCACAAGAUAAACCACCCAACCAACAUUUACCAAAUAUCAUUAGUAUCUAUUUAACCAAUCAACAUGCACUUGAGCGACCACACGAUUUAUUCUACUACGUCGACUCUCAAAAAGUAGAAACUAAUCUCAAAACAUCAUCACCCAUUGCUGGUGGAGGUGGUAGUGGGUCUGGGACAGGAGGAGGACCAACGCAUGAAACAUCAGAUUACACCUACUUUUUAGUUCGUGUAGAAGCACAAAUAUUUAUCAGUGUUGUAUAUAAAGAUAUUAAAAAACAAAAAGAUCCAAUUGUAAAUGAUUUCCUUAAAGUUUUGGUACAUAAUCUUAGAAAUACCGAUCUAUUUAAUAUUCUAAGACAAAAAGAAUCAAAUAGAUAG